CCAGUCCCCAUUCAUACAGCUGUUACAGAUUGAUAGAGACAACUAGUACAAACCACUUUAGUCUGGAUUUAAAAGCCUGGUAUCAGCAUCAACUGCACAGUGGGGAGUGUGUAUGUGUUUAUGUGUUGAGUUGCACCCUUUACCUCGGGGUGGGAGCAGAGGGAAGGUGACACGUCUCCUGAAUAUAAAUGUGAGAGAAGUUAUGCUCCGAGCGAUGACAGUGUGCACCAUACUCGCCCAGGAACGUGCAACCUUUUCCCAAGGUCACAGCACGCCGCCGGGCCCGGAUCUCUACCAGAGCAGCAGCAACACCCCGCUCAUUUGUCACUCGCCAUCCAAUUUAACAUGGCAACUCGAUGGGGACUGUGCGGUGCAGGGAAGAUCAGCCACGACUUCAGCGUGGCCAUGAAGACCCUACCUCCCGGAGACCACCAGAUAGCAGUUGUUGCCUCAAGAAGCCUACGGCGUGCCCAAGAAUUUGCAAAGAAACAUGGCAUUCCAAAAGCUUAUGGCAGCUACGAGGAGUUGGCCAAUGAUCCAGACAUUGACAUUGUUUACAUAGGAGUUCUUCAUACACAGCACUGGAAGGUUGGUCUUCUCUUUCUCAAAGCCGGCAAAAAUGUGCUGUGUGAGAAACCCUUUGCAAUGAACAGCAGACAAGUACAAGACCUGGUCGUAGAAGCUAAACGAAGCAAUGUGUUUCUUAUGGAGGCUAUAUGGUCCCGUUGUUUCCCCGUGCAUGCUGAGGUGCGCAGGCUGCUGGCAGAGAAGGUGGUCGGGGAGGUGAAGCUGGUCAAAGCCUACUUCGGCUCCCCUCAGCUGCACAUCCCCCGGUCGGUGGAGAAGGAGCUGGGGGGAGGAGCUCUGCUGGACAUCGGAGUGUACUGUCUGCAGUUUGUCCUAAUGGUGUUCAGAGGAGAGAAGCCAUUGUCCAUACAGGCCAGUGGUGUGCUGCUAGACUCAGGCGUGGAUGAAUCGGUGGUAGUUGUACUGAAGUUUUCCGGGAACAGAAUGGCCUUUUGCGCCUUUUCAAUUUCUGCCUGUCUUCCAAAUGAUGCUGUUAUCUGUGGCACCGAGGGCUCCAUUAAAGUCCUUGGCCCUAUGCACUGUCCUACCACACUGGUGGUCAAUGACAAACAGACUGAUUAUCCUCUGCCUGAGCCCUGCCUGCCCAUGAAUUUCACCAACAGCACUGGGCUACGCUAUGAGGCACAGGAAGUCAGAGAGUGUCUCCUUAAAGGACUAAAGGAGAGCCCAUUGAUGCCACUGGCAGAGUCUGUUCUACUAACGGAGAUCAUGGAUGAAAUCAGGAAGCAGGUGGGAGUUGUCUUCAGUCAGGACAACCAAUGACAGCAAAGUGGAGCCAAGCUGUUUCACCUGAUUUAAAACCACUUAAAUGGGACAGAUUGGGCACAGUUUAAAUAUUUGGUUUAAGCAGAUGAGAGACAAAGCUCAAUGUGUGAGCCAUCUGCACAAUGAAUGAAACUGAGCAGAAUAAUUUACAUGCAACCCUGUAAAUUGUAGUUAUGUUUUUUCUUUGGUAGAAAGUGAAACUCAUUUAAUCAGUAGUAGCAAAGUGAAUCAUUUGAUGACUGAAUGUGCUUUUUUGACGCUAAUACAGUAUACCUAUAUAAUAAACCAACUGAAAUCAUUAGGCUGUAUAUAAGGAUCACAGUGACAAAAUAGUCACACACUUUCAAAAAUCUCCAGCUACACUAUAUUAAGGUACAUGUAUGGAAAAUAGGCUUGCUAAUUUUACAAAAUGAAUUAUUACAUUACUUAAUUUGAAUUGUAAACACAGGAAAUUACAGUUACUUGACGUAAAGUUCUAUGGUGUGGUCACCUCUCGCUGGGUUGGCACCAGAGAGAGGUCAUCAAUAGCGAAGUGACGCGAACAACUGUCAGCAGCUAUGUGCUUGAUGAAGCCAAUAAAACAAUAGUAACCAA